AUGAGCAACACACCCGUUGAGCUGUCACCUGCCCAGGAGCCACCUGCUCAUGAAUUAUCCUCCAGCAGUGGGCAGACGUUACCCUUCCGACCCCUGCAGCCAAUCUCUGAUCCCUCAGCUUCUAAAAGAGUAUGUUUCUACAAAAGCGGUGACUAUAAAUUCAGCGGGCAUCGCAUCGUCAUCAAUGCCCGCACCUUCAAGACAUUUGAUGCUCUGCUGGACGCUCUGUCCAAUAAAGUGCCUCUGCCCUUUGGAGUGAGGACCAUCACCACACCUCGCGGGACCACCCUGGUUAAGGCUUUAGAUGACUUACAUGAUGGGGGAUCGUAUGUGUGUUCUGAUCAGAAACGGGUGAAGCCAUUAAACCUGGAUGAAGUGAACCGGCGGCAGGUCCCCUGGAACACCACCAGACCCCUCAGCGCAGGGCGACGGAGACGACAAGGAUCCCAGUUUGGCAGAAGAAAUGAUGUUGUCACCAACAGGCCAGCAAAUGCCUCUGAGAGGGUGGCAGUACGGACACCAAAGAAGCUUGUGGUCAUCAAGAAUAAGGAUCCCACUGUAAAACGCACAAUUGUGUUGCAGAGAAGAACAGCACCGACAUUUGAUGCUUUACUGGAUUACCUUUCCCAGACCCUGCAGUUCCCAGUGCUGAAACUCUUCUCUACAGAGGGCAGAAGAGUCGAUGGUCUUGCAGGACUUAUCCUGUGCGCUGGAGUUGUUGUGGCAGCAGGCAACGAGCCAUUCAGAUUAGGAAACUACUGUUUUCAAGGAGCGGGCCAGAUGGCACAAGUAAUGUACAUGGAGCAUGUGGAACCAUCUGUGUCGCUGCCUAGAACGGAGAACAACAAAUCUUUCUCGAGUGGAAGAGGCUCAAGGAAUUUUUCCUUAUCAUCAGAGAGAUAUAUUGUCAACCAGAUAAACAAGUCCAGAAAUGGAAGCACAAACGGCUCCUUGCAUCACCACAACCAAUCAUUUGAAACAGAGGUCAGCCAUCGUAACACAUCCAGGGAGAAAUGUGGAACUGGGAGGGCAGAUAAUGAGCAUCAUACUUGCAUUAUACCACAAGACGAUGACAUUGAAAAGUCUUUCCGUGUCAAUCAAGAUGGCAGCAUGACAGUGGAGAUGAAAGUUCGUCUGACCAUUAAAGAGGAGGAGCUGCUCCACUGGACUACCACGCUCAGCCGAUCCAGCCUUAGCAAGGGGACAGUUUGUGCCUCCAUUUCUGAGUCGCCCAACAGCUCACCUGACUCAAACAACGCUGUUGCCAAAGAUUCCUCUAAUGUCAGUGAAGAUGAAUCAAAAGAAGGGAACCAUCCAGCUAGAGCUGAAAAGGGAGUUGGCUUUAAUGACGAGCAAGAACAUGAAGGCUACCCUUCCACGGCCUUGAAAAAAGAAAAAACUGGUUUCAAACGCAUUCCUACGCCGGGUCCUCUGCACAUUAAGAAGAAGGCGUCUCGUGAGAGUGUUAAGAUGGUGACAGAGUCAGGGGUUCAGGAAAACACACAUUAUUCCUACAUGGAGACGACGACUGAUGGUGAGACGACUGAGGGAUACUGCGUUGUAAAACGUAGCAGCAGCAGCAACAGGCCAAUUCCAAAAACUAGGAAAACGGUGUCUGCAGAGCCAAGCAACAAAAGUUCCCACUCCUCUAUCAGGUCGUCAGGAGUGGCUGAGGUCCUUCAGAUACAGAAUAAUGGAAUGGAGGUUACAGAGACUGUGAUGCAUAUUUAUGAGAGUCAAGGGUGCUACGACAACUAUUUUGCUAAUGAGGAAUAUAGCACAGAUGGUGUACCUGUGCAUGGUUCCACUCCAGCGGCAGAAAGCAAACCGUCCACCGAGUCAGGGCGCCGUUCAUCCAGCAAUGAUUGUGAUAUAGAUUUUAGCUGUCAGCCAUCCACUUCUGGCCCACUACAAAGACAGAAAGAGGAGAUGUUGUCAUUGUCAUCAGAGCCAAGAACUUCAACACAUGAGAUUACUGCAACAAACUCCAAAACACAGGAAAGAGUAAAAAAAGACAAAAGUCCUAAAAGUGAGACGAAGAAAAGGAUGAUUAAACCUGCUCGGAAUCAGAAGAGUUCAACUUCAACAAGCGACUCAGAUAGAAAGCAAAAAGAAAGCAUAUUAAGCCCCCCAAAAAAUAGCAAACAUUCAUCUACAGACAAGCUCAGCAGCAAUGCCAGUGUGGGAAAAAAGACUUUAAGUUCAUCAGAGAGUGCUAAAAGUAGUCAAAAGAGUGGAGGAGCAGAAAAGCGUCAAAUUCAGAAAGCGAGUAAGGAUGAAAAGAAACCCAUGAAAGAGCAACCUUUAUUAGUUGAUACUGAAAAUGUGAAAAGGACCCCAUCUAAGAGACAAAACUUGAGCAAAGCACCUGCUAAAUAUAAUGGUCAUAAUGUAAAUACUCCAACUGGGAGGCCUCCAAUGAGGAAGAACAUGUCAGACAUUUUGCAACCCAAGAAAUCACCUUUGCCAGGCAAAAAGACAGUUAGCAAGCCAACAUCCAUGACUGAAAACAGAAUACCAUCACCCACAAAGUCUUUAGAGUUGAGUGGGAGUUUUCCUAUGCCAUUAGUCAAUCCUUCACCCAUUGAAAUCCUCCAAUAUGUUGAGAACUGGUUGGAGAAAGUCCCAGACCCAGUGCCAUACACUGAGGACGCCAUCACAGAGCCUCGGACAAAGGUUGUGUUUCAGAUCGGCGGUGAUUCUGAAUCAGAUGAAAAGAGUGAAAGCCAGGCUCAUGUAGAUGAGCUUUAUCCAUCGUCCAGUGAUGAUGACAAGAAAUCAGCUUCUUGUCUGUUAGUACCUCAACAUCAUGAAGCUGCAGCUCUGCAGCACAAUGAACAAUAUAUGAGGGGUCUUUGUGUUUCAAUGCCGAGUGUCAGAGUUGAUCUUUUGCUCAAGGAGAACAGACUGAGACCAAACAAAUCUGCAGCGGCCAUCAGUGCAGCUGACAAUGAAUCCCCUUCAUCUACAUCCAACCUCUUGGAUCCGAAGGCAAAUACAAAACCUGUCCUGCGGGAACUUUACUCUUCGAAUCAAUGCAUCAGAACUGCAUCUGAAACCAACACAACAUCCAACCUUGAGAAGUCCAACAGCCUUCCUGAUUUCUCGUCACAAAUGGCGGGAGUGUUCGGCUCGUCACUUAAAGCCUUUGUAUCAUUCUUAUCAGUGGUGACUCUGCGGGAUAACCUAGCAGGAUAUGCACCGGGAGAUGGCAGCCAAUCAGGAAGCACCCCCGAGGCCAUGCUGAUGAUAGAAUCCCUGCAGAAAAUUUCCGCCAUCGAGGACAAGGAAGAGCUGAGGACUGAUUUGACGGAUCUGCAGAGCAGAGCGUCUUCUCGUUUCAGAGAACGCUGGAAGGAUUUCCAGAUUACGAGAGAAAGGCUUGAAAGUGAACCGCCGUCUUCCAAAGUUUCAGAAACAGAAUUUGCUCUGGAUCUUUCCUCCGAAGGGGGGGAUGCAUUCGAGGAUAUUGACGAGCUUAUGGAUGAGCUGAAUAUGCCGCAAGACCUCAGAGCAGAGAUUUCUUCAACAAUCAAACAAGCUAAAAGUUUUUACCCUGUAGAGGAGAGCACCUUUGUAGAAAAUGAAAGAAACCAGUCGGACUCAGAGGAAGAUGUGGAACAAUUUGUUGAAGAAUACAAACCAUCACCGGAGCCUGAUACUACCUCCAUAGCUGAGGACGUUACAAAACAGGGUCAUGGUAUUGCAGAGAUAGAUAACUUGCAAUCGUAUUCUGAACAUGUCAAGAUGACAACUGAGUCAGAGCAAGAACCUGAUAAAGAAUUAGAAAUACCACAGACGGAAAGCAAUGAGCCCUUAACAGACAAAGAAAAGGAAGAAAAGGAAACAGAGGAACAAGUAGAGGAGGAUGGGGAGGUGGUGAAUGACAGAGACUAUGGUUAUGCAAAAGAAAUAGAUGGUGAUGAUGAUGGCGAAGAGACUGAAAAGGAAGAAAGGGAAAGGGAGGAAGAGGAAGAAGAGGGGGCAGCCACAGAAGUGUAUGACGAGGGGCAGAAGGAAGCGGAAGCGGAAAGAGGAAGUGUGGAGGAAGAGGAUUCUGUUCAGGAAGUAGAAAAAGGGAGAGGGGAAGAGGAGGAAGAGGGGGAUAAUUUAGAAGAAGCAGAGGAGGGAUUAGAAGAAGUUCAAGAAACAAGAGAGGAUGAUACUGUUCAAGAGACAGAUGAGAGAGAGGGUGACGAGGAGACAGGGGAAGGGGAUGGUGAGGUUGAUGAGGAAGAAAGGGGGGAGGAAUGGAUAACUGAGGAGAGGCAAGGGGAAGAGAUUGAAGAAGAGGCAGAUGGGCUUAUUGCAAAGUCAGAUGAGGGUGAGGAAGUAGGAAGUAUAAUUGAAGAAGUAGAGAAGGAGGAGGAAGAAGAAGAAGAAGAAAAAGAAGCAGAUGAGGUUACUGGGGAGACAGAUGAAAGAGAGGAAGUAGAAAAUAUCAUUGGAGAAGUAGAGGAGGAAGAGGAGGAAGAAGAAGAAGAAGAAGAAAAAGAAGCAGAUGAGGUUACUGGGGAGACAGAUGAAGGAGAAGAAGAAGAAGAAGAAGAAGAAGAAAAAGAAGCAGAUGAGGUUACUGGGGAGACAGAUGAAGGAGAGGAAGUAGGAAAUAUCGAAGAAGAGGAAAUGAAGGAGGUUAUUGAGGAGAAAGAUGAGGAAGAGGGUGAGGAGGAAGAGGAAGAGGAGGAAGAAGCUGAUGAGGUUAAUGAGAAAAAUGUGGAGGAGGAUGAGGUUAUAAAUACAGAAUCUAUUGAGGAAGAGGAAGGAGAAGACAUUGAGAAGCAUAUAGAGGAGGAAGAAACAUGUGACGAGGCUGAGAAGGGCAGGAAAGAGCUAGAGAAUAAAGAAACUAGUCUUGAGGAAGAAGAGGAAGAAGAGGAAGAAGUUGGAGAGGAGAUUGAAGAAAAUAGGAAAACUGGGCAAAUGCUAGAUGAAGAGGAGAGGGAAGAUGAUGAAGAAAAGGAAAGGAAUGAGUUAGACGAGGUGGAAGAGCAAGAACCUAAAGAUGAGGUAGAGGAAGAAAAUGCUGCUGAUGAUGCAGACAGUGUUGCUGGAGGCACAGAUUGUAAACACCUACUAGAGGAGGCCUUGUAUCUGCAGCCGCAGAGUUGUUGUGAUGAAGCAAAUGUAGAUGCAAAGGUAGCAGAACGCAACACUGAUUCAUCAACCAAAUAUUCCUCUGAGGCUCUGUGUGAAGAUGAUAAAGGUAAUGGGACAGACACUGUACAUGAAACAGACGAGGGAGGGGAGCCUCUCGAGGAAGGAAGCAGCAGUCUACAACAUCCAGUGGAAAUAUCACAGGAAUUACUUGACUUUGUUAACUCUGCCCUGCAGUCCUCUUCACUUGUAUUCACAUACGACACUCUGGGGAAAAUCAGGAUAGAGCCAGAUAACGCUCGAGUUACACAAACCAAACUAUCUGUUUUUCCAAAAAGUAGGAAGGAUGUUUCAUACGGCUUAAAGCGUCUCCCCACCCCGAGCACCUCAGAUUUGUCUGAUUACAGACCAGAAACAUCGGAGAGUGGUGGAUAUAAAACUCAGGAUUCUGUAGAUAUUGUCACAGAGAGUGGAGAAGAGACCUCUCCAGUCUGCAGACGUAAUACAGACGGGAGAGAAAAGGUUGAGGGGGCUAUCUCCGUUCACAGUAAUAUAGAAGUCUCGCAAAAUUCUGGAUUAAAAAGCGGAGGAAGUUUCUCAUCUGUUGUCUCAGACAAGAAAGCCUCAAAGGAGGACACAUCUUAUUUCAGUGCUGGAAGCUCACAAAAGGCCGAUCCUGCCACAGAGGGCACACAGAGCGUUUCUCUCACCCCAGAAAAAGACUCAGCUGAUGGGGUUUUAAUCGACCAAGGAAGAUGGCUGCUCAAAGAGAAUCACCUCAUCAGAAACUCUCCUCCAGUCUCCCUGGGAAUGUAUGGUCAGUUAGAUAGCACAUCUAUAGAUACAGGUCAGGAGAACAAUAGUGAGGAUUCCCCGUCACAUGGCAAAGCCCAACACAACCCUCUUGUAGCCAUAUCCUCAUCAGAGCUUGAGGAGUUGGCGAAGCCUCAAACUCCAAAGUGCACCUACUACAACAUGCCACAUGGAAGCGAUUCUGACCCAUUUUUGGAUAAUACUAGUGACAAAAGUGGGAAAAAAGGUGCAAGCAGUGUCAAAGGGAGAGGCUUCAGGGUGUCCCCUACAAUUGAUACUUCCAAAACCUGGGCAGGUAAAAAUGGUAGUCUGUCCUCAUUUGCGUCAGUUGAGUUUAAAUUAUCAGACAGAAAAGUGCAUCCUGAGGGGGAGUCCUCAGCUGUGAUAAGGGCAAGAGGGACAUCUAGUGGAGCAGGGAAUGUACUGCAUGUAUCACAAGACUCCAUUGAUGCACUACACGUGAGAUGUAGCCAAUACUGUCCCAUACUAUAA